UUGGGGUGUGCUCGCGCCAUGCCUGCUGAGGGAAAGCGGAAAGUUGAAGCACUGCGAGUCGAUGCGUGUUGAUAACCAAACUUGUCGCACGUCUAUUUCUCCAUUACGAUUACAAGCGUUUGCACUUCGAACAUCCGUUGUUGCAGUCUCUUUUCCAUUGUUUUGUUUGUUUGUUUUUGCACUGACGCGCUUUCUGCUGGUUCCGAUGGCGGCGAGCCAUUUUGGGUAGUGGGUCACUCUCGCGCCACCGAGCUAACGCUAUUGUCGCAGGGCUCGUGGGAAACUAGGUGGAACUGGUUUGAGCUCGAAUAGACUGCUGCUGCACGGACACGCUAGGUGCUAAAAGGAUGGAGACUAUAGGUGGUCUGCGUGCCCCACUGACUGUAGCUUCUCUGGGGCUGGCACAGCUGCUCGGAGCGUCCUGGCCCUGGAGCCUGGCUGCGGGGCUGGGCGUUUACUUAGGAGCAGGAGGAUGGAGGUUUCUCCGUGUGGCAGCCCAAACCAUCAGCAGAGACCUCAGUGGCCUGUACGUCUUGGUCCGGGUGAAGUUCAUCGUCCGCCGCUACCUCCGUACCCGCAGUACUGUCCCCUCCAUCUUUGCCCAGCGGGUGGCGCUGCACCCAGAUAAGCCUGCCCUGGUGGAGGAGGCCACGGGCGAGGUGUGGAGCUUCUCCGAGCUGGACCGGCGCUCCAACGCCAUCGCCCACUGGGCUCUCACUGAGGGCUGGUGCUCUGGCGAUGUGGUGGCCAUCUUCAUGGAGAGCCGGCCCAUCAUGGUGGCCCUCUGGCUGGGAUUGGCUAAAGUGGGCGUGGAGGCGGCGCUCAUUAACUUUAAUCUCCGCCGGGAUUCACUGAUCCAUUGCAUAGAGGUGUCGCAGGCGCAUGGGAUGGUGUUUGGGGUGGAGCUUGUGGAUGCUGUGGCAGAGGUGAGGGGCUCUCUGUUCAGCCGGAUGACGUUCUUCUGGACAGGAGAUCUAGGAGCUGAGCAAUGUCUGGCCUCCUUCUCAGCUCAACAGCUGGAUAUUCUGUUGAACUCUCUGCCCCAAACUCCACCUCCAGUCAUCCACAAUAAAGGCUUUGAUGACAGGUUGUUCUAUAUCUACACCUCAGGUACGACUGGCCUACCCAAACCAGCCAUUGUGGUUCACAGCAGGUUCUAUCGUAUCGCUGCAUUUGGAUACUACUCCUACAGACUACAUUCUGAUGACAUCAUUUAUACCUGCCUACCUCUGUACCAUUCUGCAGGAAACAUUAUGGGGGUGGGGCAGUGUCUGAUCCACGGUCUGACGGUGGUGAUUCGAAGGAAGUUCUCUGCCAGUCGAUUCUGGGAUGACUGCGUGCGAUACAAGUGCACGGUGGCCCAGUACAUCGGUGAGAUUUGCCGCUACCUUCUGUCCCAACCGGUGCGUCCCUCCGAAUUGUCUCAUCAAGUGCGUAUCGCCAUCGGUAACGGGCUCCGCCCCGAUGUGUGGGAAGCGUUCGCCAACCGCUUCAACAUAAAACACAUCGGAGAGUUUUAUGGAGCCACUGAAUGCAACUGCAGCAUCGCUAACCUGGAUGGGAAGGUGGGGGCGUGUGGCUUUAAUAGCGUCAUCCUGCCCAAUGUUUACCCCAUCCGACUGUUGAAGGUAAAAGAAGAGAGCAUGGAGCUCAUCAGAGACAGCAGAGGCCUCUGUGUGCCCUGUGGCCCAGGUGAACCAGGGAUACUGGUGGGUCGCAUCAACCAGAAGGACCCUUUGCGCAGGUUUGAUGGCUAUGUUAACCAAGAGGCUACCAAUAAGAAGAUCAUACACAAUGUAUUCACAAAGGGAGACUCUGCCUACCUGUCAGGUGACGUGAUGGUAAUGGACGAGCUGGGUUACAUAUAUUUCAGGGACCGGAGCGGAGACACUUACCGCUGGCGAGGAGAAAACGUCUCCACCACAGAGGUGGAAGGAAUCCUGAGCUCGCUGCUGAACCAGAGAGACGUGGCUGUCUAUGGAGUCUCUGUUCCAGGUGUAGAGGGAAAGGCAGGAAUGGCUGUCAUCGCAGACACCACGCGGAAUUUCAACUAUGACACAUUCCUGCAGGGGGUGAUGAAACGCCUGCCAUCGUACGCACGCCCCAUCUUCUUACGCCUGUCACCGGUGGUCGACACAACAGGCACGUUCAAGAUACAGAAGACCCGCUUUCAAAAGGAGGGAUAUGACCCGCGGCACUCCACCGACCGGUUCUACUUUCUCAACAGCCGGAUGGGGCGUUAUGUGGCUCUAACUGAAGAAGUCUAUAAUGACAUCUUAGAAGAAAAGGUGUCUUUAUGAGACUGCACAGAGAGUGCUCAAGCUCUGUGUAUGACGAGUAAUAACAGUUCUACUGUAUUUUAGGUCUUCUCUGUGGUUACAGAAUUGUUUGAAAUGUUAGUUCGGUUAAUUAACAGUUAGUUUCUAAAUUUAAGUAAAGUACUGUUACUUGAACACCAAUGGUAAAUUUAACAAGAGUUCUAUAUUUUAUAAAAGAGUUUUUUUUUAUUCUAUAUAAGACUUACAUUUUGUACUGUAAAUAAUAGUUUUGGUUCAGUUAAAUUCACUUCAUCCUGUUCAGAUAAAGCUAAUUGAGGUGACGAUAUCAUUUAAUUGAACAAUGCUGAUACACUUAAUCUAAUUCAUCUUGUCACGUGAAUUUGUUUGCCAAGUUGAACUUGAAUUCACGAGUCCUGAGUUUUUUGUUUUGUAUAAAAAAAAGUGUACAGUAGAUUUUGUUACACAUUGCUACUCAGUGUACUCAGCUGUAAUUAAUGGUACAGUUACACUGUAACAGUGGAUACAUAAUGUAUAAUUGAUUUCAGUUAAUCAAGGUUCAGUGUUUUGUGCCGUUCAGUGGUGCCCUGGUGUAAUUUCACUUUGGUGUGCCUUUCCUAGUGUCUCAUCGUGCCGAUACUGGCAAUCUAACAGAAAGGUCUCUCUAGUAAUAGAAUAACAUUACUAGAACAAACGAAACUGACCUGUGAACACUACUGCCUCUGAAUGUUCCUGUUGUUUAGUUUGAUGAUGAAUCAUCAGUGACACUUUGGACAAAUAAAAGCUGUUGAAACGUUUUACCACA